CAUAUUUAUAAAUAAGUUAGAACCUCUAAUCCUUUAAGGAGCGGUAUAGUAAUUUCUUGAAAAAUAAAAAUUGUUCUUUAUACUUUUAUGAAUGUACAGGAAACAACCAUAAAUGUCGGUCUUGCGAAUUAUAUUGCUCUAAACAUUUCUAAGAAAGACUGCACUUAGAUAACUUCAGAAUUUACAUUUCGAUAAGCAAUUUCGUAUGCUUUUAUAAAUAUAUUUCGCUACGAUACAAACAGAAAGAGAGAGAGAGAGAGAAUUAAUCAAUCGCGAUUAAUUAACGAUAAAUCAUUGGUAAAUCAGACAUCAACAUCAAGCUCUGGCCAAAGAUGUUUUUAUUGACAACCAAGAUUGGAUAUCAGGACAAGUUUUCUAAAUAUGGCAUAUGUUUCAAAAUGCAGAAUUUUAAGACGUAAUUCUUCAAUUAUCUUGUGCAAUAUAUUAUUCUCGCAAUUUACAGUACUUGAAUCAUUGAUAAACUAUUGAAAAUUUUUUUAGAAUGGUCGAGAUGUUUUUUUUCUGAUGAGGCAAACAAGUGUCGGAAGGAUUAAGGGCGAACGGUGUCGCGUUCACGGACGAGCUCAAGUCGGGCGCGCUUUCCCGCCUUUUAGCGGCCCGGUCAUCGCGGUUUCUCGAGCGUGCAUCGAACGGCCGCGCGUUGGCGAGUGUUUACCGUCGUCACGUGUACGUCGCGUCCUAUCGAUUCUCCCGCUCACCCGAAUCGCAUUCAGCGAAUCUCGGCCAAAAGCAGCCACAGCUCGAGCGAGCAAACGGGAGGAUCAGCUAGCAAAGGAUGUUACACAUUGUAUAUAGGACACAAACGAUGCCGCGAUGCAAGACGCUUGUUCUUGUUCGCGCGCAAGAAACAUCCGUUAACGAGGAAACGUCGAUGACUCGAUGACGCACGAGUGCGAUAUAGGUCAAGGAAUAUGGGCCGACGCGGCGGCGGCGGCAGAGGUUUUCGUGCCGCACGUACUUGAAAUCGGGAAAGUCCACCGGGAUAACGACGGCGGAAUUGCAGACGAGUCUACGGUCGGCGGCGGCGGCGCGUAGAUCAUAGUAAUGUAGUAAUUCUCGAGAGAGCGAAACCCCGUGCGAAAAAGCGAUGGUGUGAAAGAAAAAAAAGCGGAGCAAGGCGAGAGAGAGAGAGAGACGGGCGGUAGUGUAUACGAAGCUGGUUUGUUUACAUUCGCGGAUGACGACUUGACCUCGUAGGGGUUUUUCCUCGCGCGUAAAUGAAGUACGUCCUGUUUGAAUCGGACAUUCCUGUGCACACGUGCCUGACGAUGCUGGAUCCGAGCGUGCUAACGGACGUGGAGGAGCUAACGCUUUGCGGUUAUUGCAACCAGAAGUACAAUGACGUGGAGCAAUGUCCCAAGUACCUCAGCUGCAAGCACUACUUCUGCCUGCGCUGCAUCGAGAACACUCUAUUGAAGGGACGCGACUUGUUCUGCGCGCACUGCUGGAAGAAGACGGACCUAGGUGACCAGGGCCCGGACGCUCUACCAACUCACUCUGCUCUACUUGCUCUAGCCAACAACCUGUCGCGUCUCAAGAUCACGACGAAUAACACGUCCGGCAAACCCGGCGACAAGGAGAGGAAGAGCGAGAACUGUCACACGCACGGAAUGCCACUGGCAUUGUGGUGUGCGACAUGUUGCACGGCGCUUUGUAGAGCGUGCGCUCCACAGGAGCACCCGGGUCAUCAGAUUAAAUCGCAGACCGAUGCCAAAGAACAGCUCAUAUCCGACGUUCAACUGGAAUUAGUCGCCGUGGGUAAAUUGUCGACGGAGAUUCAAAGACUGGCUAUGCAGCAACGCGAAUUCCUGAUAAAGGUGCUGGAAGCUUGCGUCACGCUGAAGACGCAUGUAGAGACAGAUCUGCAAAACGGCUGGGGCCAUUUUCCCGAGAUAACGGACGCGCGCGAGACCCUAGGGAAGACGAAGGCCGGAUUGCAGAUGAGCGAAACUCCGGGUGACGUAUAUAGCUUGCAUUCACAACUAGUACUUGAAAAACAGAGGCUGCAAUCUAAGUAUCAGGAGAUGAUGCUGCAGUGUCAGCUGGAUGAUCUCAUUGGCAAUUCCGGCGUGAUUUUCGAUUUCGCUCUGCUGAAGCAGGCAUUGGCGGGCAUUCACACGGGGGAUCCGAUCGUCCCUCAAGGCAAUGGUCGUCUGCCGAAUCAUUUAGCGGCCUCGCAGAACCCGAUACUGUUCCUCGCGAAUUACUGCAUGUCCCAAUUGUACACGCGCCACGUCGUCAGCAAGCAGCACCUGCAGAACGGCUCGAUGGAGUAUCAUCACUCGAGCAUGAUGCCACCGCCGCCGCAGGCACCGCCGGGCUCGGUUCAUGUUCAUCAGGGUCCGCCGGCGCCGCCACCGGGACCGAAUCAGGCACCGCAGCAGCUUCUCAUUCCACCCGGCUCACCGUCCGUUAAACCCGUACCGCCCGCGCCGCCCAACGCGAUACUACAUCCGCAGCAGCAGUCAACGUUCAUGCCCGACGGUACCGGCGGUGCAGGCGGCGGCAGUCUAGUGCCCGUCCACUCGUCCCCCCAACCGCCGUCCAACGCGAUAACGGCAACACUUACGCGGGGCCCGGCGAAUCCGUAUCCCUUGUACUACUUCAACAUCGAAGUGAACGGCUCGCCACACGGGCGCAUCGUCAUCGAGGUGCGACCAGACGCGGCGCCGAAGAUGGCGAAGAACUUCAGCGUGCUAUCGACGGGGGAGGCAGGGGUCGGCUACAAGGGUUGUACGAUAUUCCAGUGCUGGGAGGGCGAAUCCGUGAUCACGGGCGACUUCGAGCUUAAUAACGGCCGCGGCGGGCGCAGCAUAUUCGAGGAGGGCUAUUUUAUGCCAGACGACACCAAGUUCCCGGCGGUCAGGGGCGCGGUGGGCAUGAGACGGACGCAGAAGCGGCACGACAACCUCGGUAUGGUCGGCUCGCAGUUUCGCAUAAUACUGCAGGAGAUGCGCGGCUUCACCGGCAUCUUCGGUCACGUGAUCGAGGGCCUGGAGUUGGUGGAGAAGAUAUCUACGUUCGGCGAUCAGACCGGCAAGCCUACCAAGAGUAUUCUAAUCACGAAGUGCGGUAAAUUGUAACAUUUACGCUGUCGUCGCGCGGUUUGUUGUAGCGUGGGUCAGGAUCUCUAAGGACAGAGAUGCCCAUACCCCUUAUAUAUUAUAUGAAACGCCGUACACACGUUUUCCCGCUAUAGAUAACCGAAGGAAAGUCGCGACGGUAUCCCCGACUCGCGCGUUCGGCCGUAAGAGAAACCUAUAUAUAAGAAAAAAAAAUAUAUAUAUCUAUAUAUAUAUAUAUAUACAAAAAAGAAAUCGUGUUACACGUAAUUGUCCGACGACGGGAGACGAUUAUUACUAUACUAUUACACACGCCGCGUAUGUUUGCCCGGGGACACCGUCGCGACACGUUUAUUAGCUCCGCGAAUCCUCGAACGCUCCGUACGAGUCACGCAACUUAAUUAACUAUUAAUACAAUAGUGUCUAAAGAUGUCGAAUCUAUUUUUAAAACGUUGGCGCGUGCGAGAAGAUGAAAAAGAGAUAAAAAAAAUCCAUAUUUUGCUAUUGACCGGGAAUCGAUACGAGAUUCUGCUAACAAUAACGACGAUGAUCGACACACAUACGUACCUCAGAUCGACCGUGAUAUCGAUAUGACUUCUCUAGCUGAUACGACGUAUUUGUUUUUCUUUUUAGGGGGAGGGGGGUGGGAGGGAAAAGAGGUCCGACGUUUAUUUUGACUAUUAUCGGCGUUAAUUAUCUUGUUACACUACGUUAUGAUUCGUAGAGCGCGUAUCGCACGUCGGGUGUGAUAUAGAGAAGAAAAGUGCCGCACGAUUUGCGGCGGGAUAGUUUUCUCCGCCUGGCUGCGAACGCAGCUGAUGUUUUAGGUCUUAGAUAGUGAAUAAAAGGAAAAAAAUACGUGUAGAAUUGGGGAAAUUAAGUGUAGCGAAAACUUAAAUCGGGGCAACCAGACCACGCAUCGUGCACAAUUAUGCACGAUUAUA